CAGAGCAAACACAGAUAACCUACCUAAUGUAGCGCGUUAUCUUGUAGAUAACAAAAUAGCUAGCCAGUUACAAUACGAUCGAGUUUGCGAAUGGACAACGUUAUUGUUACGAAAUUUUAAAAAGUGUGGUGAAUUAGUGCAAUGGCGGUUGGACAAGGUGAAGGCAAAGGCCCGGGAGUCGGCAAAUUGGAGUCACAGAUCUACUGCAUCAAAUAUACACUCUUCUGCUUCAAUGUCGUACUAUGGUUGUUCGGCAUUUCAAUAUUCGCGCUAUGCCUGUGGAUCUGUAUAGAACCUGGCUUUAACGAAUGGAUGCGAGUUUUGGAGCUUCAGAAAUACUUCAUUGGGAUCUAUAUAAUCUUGAUUGGCUCGCUGGCCAUCAUGGUGGUUGCGUUCCUGGGAUGCGGAGCGGCGCUUAUGGAAAACAUCUUGUUACUAUAUGCGUACAUAGGAUCACAAAUCGGUGCAUUCGUGUUCGGGCUGAUCGGCUCGUGCGUGGUGCUGGACUACUCCACGUACGACUCUAGCAUCCAGCCGCUAAUCAAUGACGUCAUCGUGCGCCUCAUGAACAACCCGCAGCACGAGGGCAGCAGGGAGAUCCUGAGGAUGGUACAAGAAGGGAUCGGCUGCUGCGGCUCUGAUGGGCCCGUGGACUACAUAAAUAUGCGCAAGCCUCUGCCAGCAGAGUGCCGCGACUCGGUCACCGGCAACGCCUAUUUCCACGGAUGCGUGGACGAACUCACCUGGUACCUGGAGGGCAAGACUGGCUGGCUGGCCGGCAUCGUGCUAGCUUCGUGCAUGGUUGCGGUAGUGAACGCUGUUAUGUCUCUGGUCCUGAUUCAAGCAGUGAAAAAGGAAGAAGAGGAAGUAUCAGCAUAUAAGAAUUAGUGUGUAAUUCCAACAUGUAGGUACCUAAUAUCAAACGCACACGUAUCUUUUAAGUUAGUUGUCAUACGUAGACGACGUAAAAUUACAUGACAACGAAAGGAACAAGCAGAGUAGAGGGCAAUAUCAAGUGUUUACUCUUAUUAUAGCUUUAUUAUAUUUUAUAUUUUCAUUCAUGAGCAUGUUCAUACGUUUAUCGAGAGCUUAAGAGGGGGCUAUUCAAUAUAGAUUCAAUAUAAAAUUUGUAGUCUUUAUAUUGAAAAUACGUUUUUAUUAAGUGCAAAUGCUAUGAAAGAAUUUACUUUUAAGAAAAACCAUAAACGGUUAAAGUUGGCUCGAAAGAAAAAUAUCAAGAAAGCAAAGCAAAAAUCUAUUUUCAAUUGUAUACCAUAGCAAUAUAAUUUAAGUAUAAAAUAGCUAAUGAUAUAGCCGAGGAAUUUGACUAGCAAAAUUUAAAACGGUAUUUGACUAGCAAAGUAUUGACGACCUCCUAGCCUAGUCGGUAGUGACCCUGCCUACGAAGCAGGAGGUCCCGGGUUCGAAUCCUUGUAAGGGCAUUUAUUUGUAUGUUUAUCACAAAUAUUUGUUCCUGAGUUAUGGAUGUUUUCUAUGUAUAUAAGUAUUUAUAUAUCGUCGUCUAGUACCCACAACACAAGCAUUGAGCUUACCGUGGGACUAGAUUGAUCUGUGUAAAAUUGUCAUAUAAUAUUUAUUUAUUUAUUUUAAGUAUCAGAGAGGUAUGGAGAAAAAACGUUAAAACCCACGCGAACUCGAAAUCUUCCGUCGCGUCGCAAGUUACGCGCGGCGCGCCUAAACUUUUGUUUCUUUCUAAUUUCCUGGCUUUACGCCCCCUCUUAACUACAACAAUGUAACUAAAUCAAGCAGAAGUCCCUUUGUAAUAAAAUGCGAAGUAUGUAAUUUUAACAAGUAUGCGCCAAUAUCGUACUAUCAAUUUACCACCGUUUUAUGUUCUAGUUUCUAAGACUAUAAGAUUGUUUUUCAUUAUAUUAUAAUUGGUAUAUAAAAUA